UAUUUCUCCCCAAACUGAAUUUCUUUUUGCCUAGUAAGUAUCAUAAGUAAAUACACACUCAUCCAAACACACAUUAAGCCCCAUAAUAACCUACUCAAGCAAGGUAUAAUUUCUAACCAUUUCUAAGUAGUACUUUUACAUCAUCAUUACCACAUAUAUACCCCUCCAAAUCCAUUCAAUUCCACUAUUCCCCCUUUCUUUCACAGACUCAUUUUUUGCAAUGGUGUGUGCUUGUGAUUACUCAGAGAUGUGGGAGAAUUUAGUGGGGUGUGUGUGUGGCAAGAUUAAAGACGAGGCCAGUGUUGUUAGCAUUGAGCAGCAGAAGAAGAAGAUUAAAGGCAUUGUCGUGCUGAAGAAGAAGAAUGUGAUGGAUGUGACCGACAUCCGCGCUUCCUUGGUGGACCGAAUUCACGAGCUCAUGGGCAAAGGCAUUUCCCUCCAGCUUGUCAGCUCCCACUCUGCUGAUCCUGAAAAUUUGCUAAAAGGGAAGGUAGGGAAAGAGGCAUACUUGGAGGAUUGGGUGCCGAAGCUGACUUCUCUGAAUGCGGAGGAUGAUGCGUUGUUCGAUGUGAGCUUCGAUUGGGAUGAAUCUCUAGGCGUUCCUGGUGCUCUCAUUGUGAGAAACCAACACCACAGUCAGGUAUACUUCAAGACAGUGAGGUUGGAAGACGUCCAUGGCCACGGUCCUCUCCAUUUCCUCUGCGACUCUUGGGUUUAUCCCGUGCAUCGCUAUGCAUAUGAUCGUGUCUUCUUCACAAACACGACGUACCUGCCAGCCGAGACGCCGGAGCCUCUGCUGUUUUAUAGGCAGCAGGAGCUCAUGAGCCUCCGAGGGACGGGUUCCGGGAUGCUCAAGGAGUGGGAUAGGGUCUAUGAUUAUGCAUACUAUAGUGACUUGGGAAUGCCUGAAAAGGGCCACCACUAUGCUCGUCCGGUGCUCGGGGGGCCAGACUAUCCCUACCCUCGUAGAGCGAGAACCGGGCGUAAGCCUAACAAAAAAGAUCCCAAUACCGAAAGCAGGUUGUUUCUGCUGAGCUUGAACACAUAUGUUCCCAAUGAUGAGAGGUUCAACCAGAUCAAAUUCUCUGAUUUCAUAGGCUAUGCUCUUAAGUCUAUAGGCCAGGUUAUAGUGCCGGAGGUGAAGGCUUUACUGGACAAGACUAUCAAUGAGUUCGACACGUUUGAAGACAUUCUUCGUCUCUAUGAAGGCGGAGUCAAGAUGCCUGAUUCCCACUCGCUCAAGAAAAUCAGGCAGUGCGUUCCGUGGGAGCUGGUCCGGGAACUCAUUCGUUCUGAUGGGGAACGCUUUCUUAAGUUUCCCGUGCCUGAUGUCAUCAAAGUGUUUGCAGGGGACAAAACUGCAUGGAGAACAGAUGAAGAAUUCGGAAGAGAGAUGCUCGCAGGAGUGAACCCUGUUGUCAUUCAACGUCUCCAGGAGUUUCCACCAAGAAGCAAACUGGACCGGGAACAAUAUGGCGAUCAAGAUAGCAGAAUCACACGAGAGCACCUCCACACGAACAUGGAUGGCCUCAGCGUCGAUGAGGCCAUAGAGAAAAACAAGAUGUUCAUAUUAGAUCAUCACGAUGCACUGAUGCCGUACCUCAGAAGGAUCAACACCACUACAACAAAAACUUACGCUACCCGAACAAUCCUUCUCCUCCAAGCAGAUGGCACUCUGAAACCACUGGCGAUUGAACUAAGCUUGCCCCAUGAAAAUGGAGACGCCCUCGGUGCCAUCAGCCAAGUGUUCACUCCUUGUGAUCACGGAGUUGGGAACGCCAUCUGGCAGCUCGCGAAAGCCUAUGUUGCAGUAAAUGACUCAGGCUAUCAUCAACUCAUUAGCCACUGGCUGAACACUCACGCGGUGAUUGAGCCAUUUGUGAUUGCAACCAACAGACAGCUGAGCACGCUCCACCCUAUACACAAGCUUCUGAAGCCUCAUUUCCGCGACACAAUCCACAUAAACGCCUUGGCUAGGCAGAUCCUCAUCAACGCAGGUGGAGUGCUUGAGAUAACCGUCUUCCCAGCAAGAUACGCCAUGGAAAUGUCAUCUUUCGUCUACAGAAACUGGAACUUCACCGAGCAAGCACUCCCCGUAGACCUCAUCAAAAGAGGAGUGGCUGUUCCCGACCAAAGCCAUCCCUACGGCCUCAAACUCCUUAUCGAAGACUACCCUUUCGCUGUUGAUGGCUUGGAAGUCUGGUACGCAAUUGAAACUUGGGUGACUGAGUACUGUUCCAUCUACUACCCUGCUACAGACAAUGAGGUCCGAGGAGACACAGAGCUUCAAUCAUGGUGGAAGGAGCUUCGUGAAGUGGGACAUGGAGACUUAAAGGACAAGCCGUGGUGGCCUAAGAUGGAGACAAGAGCUGAGCUCAUCCAAUCAUGCACAAUCGUGAUAUGGGUGGCAUCGGCCCUCCAUGCUGCUGUCAACUUCGGGCAAUAUCCUUACGCGGGAUACCUCCCAAACCGCCCCACAGUGAGCCGUAGAUUCAUGCCUAAACCAGAUACUGAUGAGUUUGCUGAGCUGGAGUCUAAUCCAGACUUGGCAUACCUGAAAACUAUAACAGCUCAGCUGCAAACUCUGCUGGGGGUUUCUUUGAUUGAAAUAUUGUCUAGGCAUUCGAGAGAUGAGAUAUAUCUGGGACAGAGAGAUAACCCCGAGUGGACUAGCGAUGAGCGAGCCCUGGAAGCAUUCGACAGAUUCAGGACAACGUUGGUUGAGAUUGAGAAGAGAAUAAGGGAGAGGAACGAGGAUAAGACGUUGAAGAACCGUUAUGGGCCUGUGGAGGUCCCCUAUAUGCUGUUAUACCCCAACACCUCUGAUUACACUAGAGAGGGAGGCCUUACUGGAAAGGGUAUUCCCAACAGUGUCUCUAUCUGAACUUGGUCAUUUUCUGCAUCCCUUAUGUCUUAACACUAAAGAAGUAGGUAUUCUUUUACAUCUCAACUAGUUAUUGUUUGUGAUUACAUGUGUUCUUGCUUUGUUCCACCACAUUAUAAAUUACUACUACUAUUCUUUUUGUGAUUA